UGUACUUUUGUAGCUAUCAUCAUCAUCACCACCGUCGUCGUCGUCGGAGAGAAAUCCCCCUACCUUCCCCGGAGAUAUCGUACAUAAACAGCUAAAGCAAACUUAACCUCUUCCACCGAAAAACCCCUAAAAGAAAAAAAUCAGGGUCACGAUUCCGUCUUACUUCUCCAGGGAAAGGUUGGUCAUGGCAACUGCAACUAUGGCAACCGCAGCUGGAGCAGCUGCUCUUCUUUAUUACACGUUGAAUCGGAAAUUAAUAGCUGGUCCAUCUGAUGUUGACGAUGAGAAUUCUGAGACUCGUGCUUCUUUGAGGAUUGACCGUGUUUCACAUAGACUUAUCCAAGCUCCAGCCACUUGGUUGGAGACAAUCUCUACUCUUUCUGAGACUCUUCGUUUUACUUACUCUGAGACUCUCGGCAAGUGGCCUAUUGGAGAUCUUGCUUUUGGGAUCAAUUUUCUCCUCAAGAGGCAGGGACUUUUACAUGUUGAUCGUGUCUUUGGUGGUAAAGAUAGUAUAGAGCUUAAAGGACCAGAAGUGGCCACUGAACUCAGAUAUCUUUUGCACUUGUUGACACUGUGUUGGCAUUUCUCCAAGAAGCCAUUUCCCUUGUUCUUAGAAGAGACUGGCUUUACAAAGGAAAACGUCCUUAUUCACGAACCCAAAGCUGGGAUAUUGAAGCCAGCUUUUACGGUUCUUGUCGAUCACAAUACAAAAUGUUUUCUACUGUUGAUCCGUGGAACGCAUAGCAUCAAGGACACUUUGACGGCUGCAACAGGAGCAAUCGUUCCGUUCCAUCAUACUGUUGUAAACGAGAGGGGGGUCAGCAAUUUGGUCUUAGGAUAUGCACAUUGUGGUAUGGUUGCUGCUGCCCGGUGUAUAGCCAAACUUGCUACCCCUUGUCUUCUCAAGGGUCUUGAGCAAUAUCCAGAUUACAAAAUCAAGAUCGUAGGUCACUCUUUGGGCGGUGGAACAGCUGCACUUCUGACAUAUAUAUUGCGGGAGCAGAAAAUGCUCUCUACAGCUACCUGUGUUACAUUUGCCCCAGCUGCCUGUAUGACUUGGGAAUUAGCUGACUCUGGGAAUGACUUCAUUGUAUCUGUCAUAAACGGAGCCGAUCUGGUGCCUACAUUUUCUGCUGCAGCAGUAGAUGACUUACGCGCUGAGGUAACAGCAUCUGCUUGGCUAAAUGAUCUAAGAAAUCAAAUCGAACGGACUCGAAUUCUCAGCACUGUUUAUCGCUCAGCGACGGCUUUAGGAUCACGGCUUCCAUCUAUGGCCACUGCCAAAGCAAAAGUUGCUGGUGCUGGUGCAAUGUUACGACCAGUUUCUAGUGGCACACAGGUUGUGAUGAGAAGAGCUCAAAGCAUGCUGACCCGUCCUGCACUAACCAUAUCUUCUUGGUCAUGUAUGGGACCCCGGCGCAGAGCCUCUGCUAUUCAAUCAAACUCGGAACACCAGUUAGAUUCUUCUGAAGCAAUGUCCCAAGAUAUACCUGAAACUUCAGAUCCUCUUCUUGUUACGGAUGAAGAAAUAACCGGGAAAUGGAAAUCAGAAGCUGAGAGUUCUAAUUACAACGAAACAUCUGCUCAUCUCGGAGCAACUGAUCUUGAUGAGUGUGAGGAUCCAGCUGAAAUCGGAACACGCGAAGAGCGGAUGACUGAAGCUGAGCUAUGGCAGCAACUUGAGCAUGACCUUUACCACGAUUCGUCAGAACAACCUGAAGAAGAAACCGACGUGGCAAAAGAAAUCAAAGAAGAAGAAGAAGCCGUCAUUGCAGAGGCCGGUGUUGCCCCACCAGAGAACCAGACGGCUGAGAUGAAAGAAUCCCGCAGAUUCCUCCCAGCGGGUAAAAUCAUGCAUAUUGUCACAGUACGACCCGAGGCCGUAGAGGCUAACGACGAAGAAGAAGAAGAAGAAGAAGAAGCAGACGGUUCUGCCCUCGAGAGGCCUCCUGAGACAACAGUGGAGACGGUGGAGGAGGGUAGAGUAGGAAUAUUUCUGACGCCAAGGUCAUUGUAUAGUAAGGUGAGGUUAUCGCAGAGGAUGAUAAGCGAUCAUUUCAUGCCUGUUUACAGACGACAGAUCGAACGUCUAAUACAAGAGCUAACAAUUGAACAUCCUUAAAAAAAAGCUUCUCUUCUUGUUUUUUUCCCUUCCUCUUUUUUUGGCGGUAAAAAUUUGUAUUUGCAGUUGUAAAUACGUACUACACUACUUGUCGACGACUAUUAUCUUUAUGAAAAGUGAUAAAUUUUUGUUUAUCCA